AUGCAGUAUGUUGGAAGAGCCAUCGGCUCUGUCUCCAAGACAUGGAGCUCGAUCAACCCGGCCACACUGUCGGGAGCAAUUGACGUGAUUGUUGUCGAGCAACCGGACGGAGAGCUCGCGUGCUCGCCGUUCCACGUUCGGUUUGGCAAGUUCCAGCUCCUGAGACCCUCGCAGAAGAAGGUGGAAUUCAUUGUGAACGGCGAGGUCACCGACCUGCCGAUGAAGCUGGGUGAUGGCGGCGAGGCGUUUUUCGUGUUUGAAACGGACGGAUACAUCCCGCCAGACCUGCAGACGUCGCCCGUGAUCAGCCCAGUCAGCUCGCCAGGCAGCAGUCCCAAGUCCAGCGAGCCGGCCAUUGCGUAUCCGGCCGAGGAGCCGGAGUACCUGGACAUUGGCGAGGGCGCCAACGACAGCUUCAGCGCGUCGGUUCCGUCCACACAGUCGGACUCUGCGCUGCUCGAGCACUCGCCCUCCAAUAUCCGGAAAGCGGGCACUGCCUCGUCGUUCGACCGCGCAAAGAAGAUCUCCAGCAAGCUGACAAAGAAGAACAUCCCGUCCAAGGUGGAGGCCAAUGGUGAUAUCAUGCUGGACAUGCAGGGAUACAAGAGCAACGACCAGAACAUCCACGACUCCGACGCUGUGAUCCGACAGCUGCUGAUCGACGAGUUUGGCGACGACGUCGACAUUAACGCGCUCGUCGACAAGGACCUGCACGGCAACAUCCGGAUCCUGAGCUCGGACGACUUGGCAGACGACGAAUCCACGUCGCUCGAGACACACACAGAGCCGCAGUCGCCAGCCUCCACCGCCUCUUCCAUAAUUUCAGACAUUGACACAGACACCGUGAAGACACAACAGGACAACCAUUUCAAGACGCUGCGGCUCACGUCUGAGCAGCUCAAGUGUCUGUCGCUCAAGCCUGGCGAGAACGAUUUGCAGUUUAGCGUCAACAAGGGCAGGGCCUUGGUCUCGGCGAAGCUGUUCCUGUGGAAACACAACGUUCCGAUCGUGAUAUCGGACAUCGACGGCACGAUCACCAAGUCGGACGCCCUGGGCCACGUCCUGACCAUGCUAGGCAGAGAUUGGACGCAUGUUGGCGUCGCCAAGUUAUUCGCAGACAUCCAGUUCAACGGAUACAACAUUAUGUAUUUGACGGCUCGUUCUGUUGGUCUGGCCGAUUCUACUCGGUCUUACUUGAACGGAAUCGUGCAGGACGGCAUCAAGUUGCCUGUGGGACCGGUGAUUCUCUCGCCUGACCGCACUAUUGCUGCCCUGAAGCGCGAAAUUGUGCUAAAGAAGCCAGAGGUGUUCAAAAUGGCCUGUCUGAACGACAUCAAGGCACUUUACGACAAAAAACAGCCCCAUAAUGCAGAGACUCCCGAACUGGACUUGUCAUCUUCCAGACAGGCUGCUAGCGACAACUCGUACACUCCGUUCUACGCAGGCUUUGGAAAUAGAAUUACCGACGCCCUCUCCUAUAGGAACGUCGGCAUUCCCUCGUCGCGGAUCUUCACCAUCAAUCCCGACGGAGACGUGCACAUGGAGCUGCUCGAGAUGGCAGGGUAUAAAUCGUCCUACGUCUCGAUCGGAGAGCUGGUGGACCAGUUCUUCCCGCCGGUGAAUAUCUCGCGGACGCGCGAGGGCGCCUUGGGCAUCCAGGAUACCGUACACCAGUUCAGCGACGUGAAUUUUUGGCGAAACCCGGUUCUGAAUCUUGCCGAUCUUUCUGAUGACGAGAGCGAAAGCGAGGCAGAGCAGCCGAAGAGCAGGGACGAACUUACAAGCGCGGGAGCCAACUCGCAGCGUCUGGGCGGAUUUUUCUCGCGGUCUCCUGUUUCCAGGAGCACGGAGCCUGAGACAGAGCCUGAAACAGAGCCCGAGGCGGAAUAUUCGUUUGAUGAGGACGACGAGAACGAAAACCUGGAUCCGGACUACGUGUACGAGGACGAAGAUCUGGACGACGACUACGACGAAGACGAAUAUGAGGAGGACGUUGAUGAGGUUGAUGAGGACGAUAUUGAUGAGAAGGACGAGGAUGAUUUGGAUGAGGACGAUGUGGAUCAGGACGUUGAUCAGGAAAUGGACGAAGAGUUGGACGCGGAGCUGCUGGACGAACGGCUGGUGGACAACGAAGCCCCCGAGUACGUUUCCAGCCCUAACCGGAUCCUCAACCCCUCGUUCGGCAUAGCAAGCCCGAAAAGCCUCACCAACCUGAACGUUGACACAAACAACGCCACGGGGACAUUUAUAAAGGCCAAGCAGAUGCUGCAGAACCUGUCUUUGGAGGACGCUGGCGAGAAAAAAUAG